CAUAUGAUACUUUUCUUUACAUCACGUUGCUGAAUCAGGAGAAUCUAGGAUCGGGAUCUAGUACUUAUAGCCGGUGGGUCCAAACACAGCCGAUGUACCAGACUGAGUGGUCUCGAGAUCAAUAACCAUGUCGCCCUCGUGGAUCAUGCUGGUUGUAGCGCUGCUUGCUCUGAGUUUUUAUAAAGGUAGCUGUGUCCCAGUUCAAGCCAAAGAAUCAUGGGGUUACGUGGAUGUUCGUGAUGGAGCUCAUAUGUUCUGGUGGCUUUACUACGCCAACAGCUCCAGUGCCAGUUAUACAGAUCUACCUCUGGUUAUGUGGCUGCAGGGUGGUCCUGGGGGAUCCGGCUGUGGUUUUGGCAACUUCGAGGAAAUUGGACCCUUGGAUAGAGACCUCAAGCCUAGAGAAACCUCUUGGGUGCGUGAAUCCAGUGUGCUAUUUGUGGAUAACCCAGUGGGCACCGGCUACAGUUACACAGACUCUGAAGAUGCCCUCACCAAGGACGUCGCAAUGGUGGCAUCAGACAUGAUUGUCCUCCUCAAGAACUUUUUCUCUUUAAAGACAGAAUUUCAAAAUAUCCCUUUCUACAUAUUUUCUGAGUCUUAUGGAGGCAAAAUGGCGGCAGCAAUUUCCCUCGAGCUCACAAAGGCAAUUCAAGUGGGUUCAAUCAAGUGUAAUUUUGCUGGGGUUGCAUUAGGAGACUCAUGGAUCUCUCCUAUAGAUUCAGUCAUGACCUGGGGUCCAUAUCUUUACAGCACAUCUCUGUUGGAUGACAAUGGACUGGAGGAAGUCAAUAAAGCAGCAAAGCAGGUGCAGCAGGCUCUAGAUCAGGGCCAGUAUGAAAAAGCCACUGAGAUGUGGUCCAUCACAGAGAAUGUGAUCGAACGGAACACAAAUGGUGUCAAUUUCUACAACAUCCUCACCCAAGACCCAGAUGAGAUGGUGAAAAGCAGUCAUGAUCAAAGAGAAGAUGGAUUUCUCUCCUCGUUGAUGAGACGUCACAUUCGCCCUUUGCACCGUCAGUCUCUUUCAGAGUUGAUGAAUGGACCAAUCAGGCAAAAGCUUGGUGUCAUACCAAAGAAUGUCACAUGGGGAGGACAGGCCGGGGCUGUAUUCGCUAGCAUGGCAGGAGAUUUUAUGGUGCCUGUGGUGAACAUCGUAGAUGAGCUUCUGGCUGCAGGGGUCAAUGUCACCGUAUACAACGGCCAGCUGGAUCUUAUUGUGGACACAAUGGGUCAGGAACUGUGGGUCAAACAGCUGAAAUGGGAUGGACUCAAAUACUUUAACAGUAUAAAAUGGACAGCACUGGAAGAUCCACAACAACCAAACCAAACUGGAGCUUUCUAUAAAACCUACAAGAACUUUGCCUUCUACUGGAUCCUUAAAGCUGGCCACAUGAUCCCGUCUGAUCAGGGACCGAUGGCUUUACGGAUGUUGAAGAUGGUGACUCAGAAGGAGUGAUGGAUCUUGUGCAGAGACCAACAGAAAAAGCUUUUAUCCAUUUUAGACAAUCAACACUCAAAUUCACCAAAACCAAAAACACUUUUUAUCAUCGGUUCAGAUCUUAAUGUAGCCUAAUCAGUGUUCGUCUUUGCUGUCUUGUAAAAUUUGUAAAAUUGUGUGACCAAUAAAGUCAAUUUUUAUACAGUUUGAA